AUCCAUCAAUCUUCAUACCUGUUCAAGCCACCCCAAUCACUGGCUUUUGCAUCAAAUUUCUAUGAGUCUUCCUCAAUGAACCAAACUGUGGAACAGAGCGAAAGUGAAUUAUACAUAGUUGUAGUCGUAUAUGUUGAACUGUUUUUGUGAGCAGGAGCAAAGGUUGGUUUGAACUCCAUGUUGUGUUGCACCCUUUUGUUAUGAUAUGCUGCAUACUCAAAUGAAUUAUAAGAAAAUUGACAAUGCUUGUGCUCUUGUUAGGUGUUGGCUUCUUGUCUGACUUGGGGCCGCCUUGUGACUACAGAGGCCUUGCAGUGGAAAUCCAACCGGGUUGAGCCUUUUACGGAUGCGUGUGUGGGAUGAAUGAACGACGUCCACGAGAUUGGCACACCGCUGUGCCUUCCUUAAUUGUUGGAGGUAGGCGCUUCGCACUCUUGCGAUGCCUCGCUCUUGUAGCAGCCACAGCAAGAGCUGCAGCGAAAACACCAGCAGCGGUCUCCACUUCACAUGAGACUGGAGGUGCACCAGAUGAUAGUCUUUUGGAGAUAGAAGUAGCGUCGUCUAAAAAGACAUUCCUGAAGACUGCUGGAAGUGGUACUGACGACGCGAAGCGCAUAGAGAUCCUGGAGCUGCUGGCGUCGCUCGACGCUCGAGAAAGACGGUUUUUGGUUUCGGACAAUUUCCUAGUCAAUGUUGUGGACGAGGCGACGAAUGCUACCAAUGGAACUCAAGCAAGUGCUGCGUCCAGUGCAGCAAGCGCUGAGACCGCCAGUUUCCUCUCGACGUCGAGCCUCUUCGAGCGUUUCAGAGAAGAGCCGCUGGUAGCGAAAAAGGAUGACUCCAUAUCUAGUGGUGCGACGAAGUCAGGUGGUCACAAACUUGCGAAGCAUGGCGAAAGCGACAAUACUAAGCACUAUCUGCAGUCAUUCGCUGAAUGGAAGCGAGAGCAUCGCUCGAGGCGGCAUCGUCGAAAGACGUCUGCGUCUGGAGGUAACCCGUUUACUUUUUCAGUGUUGAUGUGUGAACAAUAGAGGACGUUGGAGGGGCAUAUCGAUACUUCGCCGUUAGUGUAUCCACUAGCUAAACAAAAUUUAUUAGGAAGAAUAGAAAACAAUUUUCACGUUGAAAUAUUCUUGCUUAUAAAUCACUGACUGUGUCUGUGACCAACCACUUCCAAUUCAUUAGACGCGAAAAUUUCAUUAGAUCUGAAAAACGUAUCCGCAUUCUUGGAAGCGACUUUCGAGUUUCCACUAUGGAUGAAUACAACGUCAUCCAUUGCGAGUGAUGUUACUAGUCGUCUCUUUGAGGCUGCGAUCGCUGAGAGCCUGCGGAUGCAUCCGUCGGGAGUGACUACUGAUUCGAAAAAGACUGGGUCGUUCAUCACUGCGGGAGUUCAGUAUCCUGACUACGAUUCGUGGUGGGCGACGGACCUAGCGAAAUUGAUUUUGGCAAAAAACGAGACGCUGAAUAAAUAUAGCAAUAGUAGCAACCGAACGAGUUUGUCGGCUGCGGAUAUUAGCACGCUAGCCGAGGGGCAUAUGAAUGAUACGAUCGCAUCCAAGAAUCGCUCUUUGGUAACCAUCGACAUAGGUUACACGGUUGCACUGCCGAGCGACGCAAGCGACUCGCAAGUUCGAGAGCUCGAAGCCAUCCUGUUUGGUAGUGCGCCACCCGGGGAAUCUCCAGGGGCAUUGUUCACUUUGCCGCCCCUAGAGUACUUGGCCCAGCGAAAGGCAGCAGCAGAAGCGUCAUCGGCCACAUCGUUUCUUGAACAAUCGUCGCUAGCAGGCGAAAGUGCCUCUCGUGCGCAACAUGCUGCCGGACAAACUUCUAGUACCACUAAUAUACUUGCCAUGACUUCUGGAACGACCAAAAAGAAGAGGCGUGUAAAGCGCGUGGAUUUCGGAUCGGGCAGCCUUGCGAUGCGAAUCCGGCAUUUGUUGAAUAUUUUCAACCCGCGGCAAAGGUCCGUUUCAGGUAGUAAGGGCCGCAUACUGGUUAAGAGUGAUAUCGAUCCGAGGCACGACAUUGAGGUCAAGGCGGUAACCUUCGGUGCCACGCCGGUCGGGUUGAAGCUGGAUGCAGAGAAAUUUGUUGCCGAUUGGGGUCGCACUUAUCUUUCCAGGCUGACAAGUGUUGCGGAAGAAUCACACGUGCUUAGGCAAACACUAAAGGAGGAGACUGCGGCAAGAGGGCUCUUGCAGGAUGACAACGGGGUAGCUGGCGCAGAGACGUUUCCGGCUACUUUGCAAGAGGCUGCAAAAAAGGCGCUUGCCGGUAAUUUUCGGUUCUUAAGACAUCAUUGCUCAACAUGCCUGCGAGGUUAUUUCGUCUUUAUGAGAGUGCUGCUUGCAUCGAAUGACAUUCGCACAACAGUCUGAUUCAAACUUUGGUAGUUCCCAUCGUUUACUGCAGGUUACAUUCGUCCCGGCGGCGAAGUUGAUUGGGCGAGUCCAUGGAUGGACCGCUUGUGGGAACAGAUUCGUGAGAAGUAUGGGAAUGUCGAGUUGCGUGACUUUAUUCGAUCCACUUUCGUUUUUAAAGGCGGUAUCUACGAUGCUGCGACCGAAGUAGAGAAGCGUCUUGCGCGUUUCGCGUCUCUCGAAACUGCAGCCGGCAACAAAACUGCGCUGCCCGGUGGAAGUGAGAGAGAAAAAGCAAAAGGAACGAUGGGCCAUGACUUGCCGAUCUUGCUCGCGGAACGUGACGGAACGGUAGUCCAUAAACUCGUCAGUCGCACGUCUGGGGAUAUUGUCGGAACGAUUGACAACUUGUCACCCUUGAGUACGGACCACAACAUUACCGGUCUGAAUUUGAAAAGUGGUGGCGAUUACGUGGUUGUGAACGUGGCGCACGAGAACACGACUACUUUUCUGGGUACAACAGUCGUGAUCGACAACACAAACGGUACGGCAGUCGAAGACGGAGCCACUCUUUCGCUGUUGGAUGUAGCAGAAGCAGAGGGGGAAGAAAUGAAAACUCUUGGAGCAUUAGCAACGGUCACAAAGGGCGUGAAUGUUACAGUCCUGUUCAAUACAACUGCCUUUGACAAUUACACACUCCUUGGUGUACCAUUGAUAUCCGCUUUGCAGUGCGAGUACGACCUACCGGGAUGUAGUUCUCCGCGGAAGAUCGAAAGGAAAAAGGAGAAUGCGACGGUACACGAGGAGGUAUAUUCAUAUUUGCUUCGGUAGGUGCUUCGAUGGAAAUACUUAUCUAGAAGUAGGACCUGGGAAUCGUUCGGUCAAUCUCUUCAACGACUUGAGUACUUAUUUACAACAGUGAUUUUCAAGAUCGUUAUUAAGUAUCUUCUUUCCGAUGCUUUUACAGGGGGGUAAGAUCGUGGCAUCCAAGACGCAAACUGCUGUGAGGAGUGACGAGGCAGAGCUGAUGACUAUCUUGCGUAGGGCGAAUGAGGCACUAGAAUCGCGCUUGGGGUUCACGCAGGAUUGGGCUGGUCUCAACUCAGCGGACUACGAAGCGAGAAUGGCACUUUUGCUAGGAACAACCACAACCACAACAUCGACAAGCACCUCAAGCACAGCCACAACGACGACUGUUACUUUGACUACCACCACAGCUACGGCCACAGACGCCCCUGCCGGAAAUGCGUCUGCAAGCAAUUCGUCUACUUUUUCUCUCCUCGAAGCCGGUGCGCAGCCACUAUUUGACGUUGCAAAAUUUCCGGUUUCGAAUUUCCAGCAUGCCGCUCUAACGGGAGAAGAAAGCACCCAGCAACAAAAGGACUCAUCUGUGAAAGGCCCCGACGCAACCAGCUCCUUUUUGGUGACCGGGCGCCGGCGGUCGGAGGAGGAAAUAGGCUGCGGCAAAGACUGCGACGAUUACAACUCCGACAGGUGUAUUCGAUGCAAACAGUUCAUUGCGACCAGUUUCUGGUGUCAAGUAAACCAGAACGAUCCAGCUUGCAUGCGUGUACUAGCGACGGGGUCGGAUACGUACAUUAUGGAGGCAACACUGCACUACCGAAACGGAACACUGCUUGAAACAAAGAAUCAAAAAGAGGACCAGCACAUAUUGGAUGUCUCAGAGGAGGAGCCGCUUCCCGACGGUACUAUCAUCUUUUAAUACUCUGUCCUGACUUUAUCUUGCCUAGAAAAACUCAAGAACUCUACAACCAUAGAAAGGAUACUGUUUACCGGCUCUGCCUAACGAUCGGAGACCUGUAAUAUCAUUUGGCUGAAAGAUAAGUGGACUAGAUGCAUCAAGAUCAUGCAAGAGUUGCUUUCUAUGAGCGAAACCGAGUCGAUUCUUUCUUGAAGUGCGCUCUUAUAAAAAUUCAACACCCUGCUUUAAGGUGAGCAAGAGACAAUGGGUCCUUGCAGUUACGAGAAAUUCGAGGGUAAUUGCUUGACCCGGGGAAACCCGCUCCCCACCAGGGAGGCGCGUCCAGGCCUGAUCGAAGAGGUGACGUGUCGCGAAGCCUGCGACAAAAGAGGGGAGAGUUGUCUCGGCUUGCAGUUCUAUCCUGAGUUUGCAGCCCGUGCCCGGGGUGAGGUAUCCUCCUUUUCGCAGGUCAACAAGAGGACUGACAAAGGAAAAGAUUCCGCAGAAGCAGUCCUCACUGACGAUGCAGAAGUGCAGAUCGAAUCGCCGCAGCCUGAUUCUAAAAAUGUUGUAAAGUCGUCUUCGGCCGCGGAUGAUCUGUCGCACGAAAAUUCAGGCAAAACAUCUAAUCCAGGUGUAUCUAAGGAACAAGUGGCUGGGUCUCUUGUGCAACAAGCUGUGAAGCAAAGCAGCGGCAUUCGCGUCUCUGACGAAACUAAUGCUGAGGCGGCGGCGGUUGUGUCAACAUUACUUCCAGCGUGUUUCGUAAUCAUGGCAGCUCCAGAAAGCGACGCUGGUCAAGACGGUGUUUUUAUCAGCGGGGCUGACGGUGCUUCAGGUUCGAUCUGCUACAGCAAACGGGGACUAGCCAGCGCAUCUGCCUUUUCGAGCAGAGCAGCGCAGGCGCCGUCCUUCCUAGAGCAAGGAGAGUCUGAGCCGGCCGGGGGUUCUGCUGAUCUUGAUAGAAGUAUAAAAGAAGUAGAAUAUGGAGCCGGUGAUUUGUCGGACCGCGGAAUUACUAAUGCGGACAUGUAUCCUCCUGCCGCACGCUGGCGUUCUCGUUCUGGCUUAGCAAGACUCGGGCACGACCUGUAUUCGAGUAGUUUUCUGGAAAGUGCAGGAGCUACUGCAUCUUCAGCAGGUGCUGGGGUGGACACAUCAUCGAAGAUUUCCCAAACAGUGACGAUCAGCGCCUUGGGUGCGGAUCACGCUUCGCUAACAAAAGAUCAGGUUUGGGAGUCACCGAGUAGUGAUGCCAUCGUUGUGAGCUCGCUUUCGCCGCUAUCGAGUCUGAACCUGGAUAGUAGGCCAUCACACCUCUUCUCCAUUUACCACGACCCAGCGUUCCGACGGGUGCUCUCGAUCAAAGAUCUGUUGCAGAAACGUAGCUACAAUGAAGAGUUUCAGAGUCUACGCGCCGCACACUACGACUCUGCUGCGACAAUGCCAGCCGUGACGCAACAACGGAAAGAUCUCGCGGUAGAAAAGAAAGUUGGUUCGUGGGCUUCGACAUGCAUCAUGCCAGGAAACCCUGUGCCAGCACGAUACUUCGUUCUUGGUACUGUUUCUGUUAAACUCGUUUUUCGUCCUAUGUAUUGUGAAGAACGACGACGGACUACAAAAGUGUGAUCUACAAACACAAGGGCGUAUCUUAAUCUCUUUUUGUACGACUAGAAUCCAGAAAAUUCAGUAAAUCCAGAAAAUUCAGUAGAUGAUUUUGAUUACUAACAGCCCGACCGACUUUUAUCCCGAAGAAGUGGUGCAUAGAGGGAACUGAUCCCGCGCAGUCCUCGUUCUGCGAAACUCGUUCGAAAUCGCCUCCGGUUUCCUCUUUGGAGCUCGGUGAAGAGUAUCGAAGGAGAAGCAGCAGUCACGAAAGGAAUCUUCGCCGAAGGCGUGAGCGGGCUCUCCAACGGUAUGCCUCCGCAUUCAUCGAAGAAGGAACGACGACGACAUCAAGCAGUCGACACCUGCUUCGAGAGGAGGAAGAAGAGAAGGGAGGUCGAGAUGAUGACAGCACAAGUAAGCAACGACCAUCUAGUAGGAGAUCGCAUUCAGUACACGUCGGCAAGUCUGGAGUGCGCCUAGACGGUGGCAUUCAGGGCACGUCGGUGCUGGAGAAACCGCAAUCGCCUACAACUGGCAACGACCUACUAGACAGCAAUCCUUUCAAUUUUACGUACGACGAUUUUUUACCGAACUACAACGACGAAGGCAUCGCAUUGAUUAACCCGAAAAUCGAUGCUCUUAAUGAUUUGGAGAAGCUGUAUUGGAAGGAUAAGCUCACACGAGAUUUCAUGGAAAAGCAUACCUUCGAACUUUCAGACAUCAAUGGUACUUUUUGUUUUUGCCGGUCUAAGCGGAGGAUGAUUUUCAUUUGGUUUUUCAACAGUUUUUCUCGUGGUCGUUAGAAUUCUGCCUUUUCGACUUCAUCUUCGAAGUGGAAAUAUUGUUGCAGUAUUUAGUAUUUAAAAAGAUAGUUGCGUUCUAAUCUGACAUCCAAUUCGUGUUCAUCAGAUUUCCAAGCGUAUCACAAUGUGAUCAGUGCGGAGGACUGCUGGCUGUUGUGCUCGGAGUGGAACGAUUGCGUCACCUGGAAGUACACUGAGUGCCGGUCGCCGAUCGAGAAGUGCCCUUAUCUUUCCGGCAACUGCAUCCUCUACCGCGAUCCGGAUGUGAUCUACAUGCCAGACUUAUGGGAAGAGAUGCACAGCGAAAAGUACUGGAUCGAUCAAAAUUUUGUGCACGGGCACCGCUUCUGCCGCACGGGCUACGCCGAGGGUGCGGUCUUCCGCGAGUUCUGGUCGUUUUUGCCCUUCGGCAUCUUCUCCCUAGUGGCGUGCAUGCUCGGCGUCAGCUACGGACACUGCAAACGGCACUACUAUCAUCGGACCAGCCAGUUGCACGCGGAACAGCACUUGCACCACACGAGGCGUGCGCUUUAUUCGAGAGACGGCAAGACGCACGCUGCAGAUGUGACACAACCGGCUCGGUGGCUGCCACAUGCCGGACGCUUCCACAAUUCCGCAGCGAGCAUGUCCCCGACGAACAGAGCGUCGCCUAAGAAGAAGUCUACCGAACCAUCGUCUACAAACAUCAUAUCGACUACGAAGAAGUCGAAAGAAAUCACCUAAGGUGGCCGCAUAUUGCUACCCCGAUCUUGCAGUACGCUAUUUCGGAUAGUGGACGUCGAGAUUCGGGUCUUCGGACUGGAAGAGAAAAUCAUGCCUAGCAAAGAAAGUGGAAGAUUUCGUCUCCAGUGUCUAAUGAAAUGAACGCUGAGGCGCAUUCUUGGAAUCUUACAUCGUUAGCUUCCCGAUCUCUAGAAGCCUCUGUUUUUUUUGGAAGAACUGUCUUUGAAGUUAUUACGCGUGAACAGAAUCGUGCACAGGAAUUGCGGUUUGAUGUGUAAUGAACGACCCUUAGUAACUAAAGUCUUUUUCUUUGCUUUCCUCUUUCAAUUUUAUCGUCUUUGACGUGCAAUUGCAAUGUUUUCCCUAGUGAAUAGGUAACCAAGGUGGAUAAAUAAUCUGAUGAGCAGCCAGACUGCUGAUGUAGAUGUGUGGUUUUGACGGCGGAUUUGAUAAUGCGUCAACGUAAAUGCAACGAUAAUGCACCGGAUGACGCAUUCGCGAGCGCUCUCUUGCGGAGCGAAAUACAGCGCGGACCGACGGAUUACCUAGCGAAGUCACUAUUUUGAUUGGUUUUUGUUCUUCGUUCUGAGGUGAAUGGACGAAGAGCUAAGUGGAUAAAGUGAG